AAUAUGCGCGCGCACGACACUCCCAAGAUGGCGCCAGCGUCGUAAACUCACGGAAGCUCAGCGUCGCAGUCAAAGGUACUUCCUGGUACCCCACAUGGGGGUUUAGGAAGUCUGCGGGGGAGACAGGUGGCGGCGGGUCCUCCGUCGUGAGCAUGGACCGGAGGAAAAAGCCUUUGGACGUUACGGCGUCCUCGUUAGUAGAUCUUAAGGCCGAACUCUUCCGAAAACAAGAAGAAUUCAAACAAGAAAAACUUCUAAAAGAUUCUGGAGUUUUGGGAAAACCAAAGACAGCUAAUAAGAAACCAAGUAUCUGGAGCAAGCAGAAUGCAGGAGUUUCAAAUCGAGCCGAGAAGGAUGCAGAACAGAAGAUUGAGGAGCAGAAGACUUUAGACAAAGCGAGGGAAAAGUUGGAAGAAAAGGCCAAAUUAUAUGAAAAAAUGACUAAAGGCGACUUUUUAGAUGAAGAAGUGGAGGAUAUGUACCUCGUAGACUUCACCCAGAAGAUCAUAGACCAGCGUAGAGAAAUGGAGGUGCUUGGUGCCAGUAGAGAGCCCCAAAAGGUGGACGACAGGGACGAGGACGACGAUGUUCCUGAUGGAGAUGUGCCCCCUCCCCAAAACCCCGGCGAAGAGUGGGUAGAUUACGUGGACUCUUUGGGGCGAUCCCGGCGCUGCAUGAAGAAGGAUUUGCCACACCUGCUGGAGAUGGACAAGAACCUUCAGGGGAGACUUUUCGUGAGUCCUGCUAACGAGAAGACGCUGCUGUCGGAGGACAUGAGGAAGGAGCUUCAGCGCCAGCAGUGGGAGGAGGAGGAGCAGGAGGCCCUGCGGAGGCCCGUGGGGCCCGUGCACUAUGAGGACAUCCGGGAGAACGAGGCCCGGCAACUUGGUGUUGGAUAUUUCGCCUUUGCCCAAGACAAAGAGCUGAGAAACAAGCAAAUGAAAACUCUGGAGAUGCUACGGGAGCAGACAACAGAUCAAAGAACAAAACGUGAAAACAUAAAGGAGAAACGAAAGGCUAUAUUAGAAGCAAGGCUUGCCAAACUUCGACAAAAAAAGAUGAAAAAGUCAAAAGAAGAUGGGACAGAAAAAGAAAGCAGAGAUGAAGAUGCUAUUGGACCUUUGCCAUCAGAACCAGAACCUGUGCCGACCCCACCUCCCACCCAGAGCAGCAGAGUAGAGGUCAUCACCCAGGAGAGGAGGGACACCCGGCCCGGGGUGCCGUACAUCCGGGAGUGGGACCGCGGGAAAGAAUUUUCCUUUGGACACUGGUCCAAGAGGCAGUCAGCUCUCCGGGCCGAGCGAGACCCCGAGUUUGCCCCACCAUCAGAUUACUUGGUGGGUCAGAAAAGAGUGGGGCCUUCGAGCAGCCAGCCGUGGAGCAGACCUGGAGCAGCCCCGAGCAGACCUGGAGUGGCCCAGAGCAGCCCUGGGCAGCAGGCGGGCCAGGGCCAGGAGCCCCCCUCUACAUACAUGCCACCCGCUCCUGGGCCCGGGGGCCCCCCACAGGCCCCCACACUCACUUUCGCGACUCUGGAUGACAUGAUCUCAUAUUACAAACAAGUGACAUGACCCUGGCGGUGCUGUGACUCGGGCUGUGCCUCGGGAACAGCAGGGGACAGUGGGUCUCAGGCCGAGCCGGGCCUUCAUCCUCCUGUCCCCGCUCAGAGUCACAGUGGGUCCUUGGCCCCUUACCGCCAUCUCCUUGCUGGUCCAGAGCAGCCUCCCUGCUCCCCUCCACACCCCACUUCCCUCGAGUGAACUUGACCAUGAGUGUUUGGGGGCAGGCACGUCUGCUAUAAAACUGGAUGCUGCAGCACCUA